AUGAAGAAGGUUAAGCGCAUCGCGAAACGCAUCGAAAACUUCGCGAGCCAGGCUAGAGAACACUUGAUAAACAACGACCUGGAUAGAGUGCAUGCCACAAUUCUCAAACUAUCCAAUGCUGCUGCAGAGCUCAAAGAGAAGCCGAAGAAUUUGGCUGUUGGGGAGCUUACAAUGGAAGAUUUGCGGACCAAAUUCAGUCUAUCAUUGAAGAUAGGAAAUGAACUUUCCCGUAUUGUCAACAUCAAGAUGCCAGACCAGAUCUAUUCUGUCCUCGCAGAAUAUAAAUAUGUAGCAGAUGACUCUCCAGCGACAGAGGUGUUGUGUGGAAGCAAGAUUGACCAUGUCAUUCUGAUGACCCUUGCGCAGUUCAAGCAUGCGGCGGAUGCCUUGAAGGUUUCAGCAAGCAAGAUCCCACGGCCCCGGUCAGGCUCGAUUCGCCGUGCGCCAUCUGAUGCAUCAUAUAUGUCUGCAAAGUCACUGCAUUUGCAGUACGAGUGCCACAUGCAGAUAAAUCACCCAGUAACAGAGCGCUUGGAAGCCUGCACUAUUUCCGGUAUCGUGGACUACGCGGUGUGGUACUCACGAGAGGGUGAGAUCGGAAACCCGAAGGAUCCGACCACAAAUCUGGUCAUGGUUGAGGCCAAGUAUCAUGAAACUUUUAGUUCAGGCCAGUCCCAGUGCCUUGGAUACAUGGUAAUGGCACUACAUGAACGGAUAGCUCAAGGCCUCAGUACACAAAUUUGGAGCAUUGUGACCGACGGGAGAUCAUGGGACUUCCUCAUUUUAAGAGAAGAUAUGACGUGGAUGAGCAGAAUCUUUAACUGGGGUCUUGACAUUGACAACCGGCAGAUCGUCAGCCACAUUACACACAUCUUUGCCCGGGCAUCGGGAAGAUACAAUGCCACUGGCAUGAACCUCGGUCCAACAAUGCUACCUACGAAUGAAGAGGAUCAGGAUAGCCAGAUGACAAAUGCUUUUUGA